UAUGAUUUUCUUCACAACGUAUAAAGGGCGUUUUACCAUACCGCUAGUUAUAGGGAUCGCGGGCAAUAACUUUUGGCGGGAUGGCGCCACGUACGUGAAUACAGCGAUCAGCUGAUAAUUGUUAAUUUCGUUGCUGGGCCUUAUAAUGUUUAAUAUGCGCAAUAGACGUUAUCGUCAUUGGGAAUGUGAUCAUUUGUAAAGUGUAAAUAAUUAAGAGGAGACUUCCAUUCUGUGAUCACAUGUCGCGUAAUUAACAGAUCACAAUGGAGAAUUUAGCACAACAGGUUGAAGAAAUUGAAGCUUUAUCAGCGAUUUAUGGUCAAGAUUUUGUGGUGAUCGAUGAAGCUAACAGGAUCUACGAGGUCCGCGUUUGCCAUGAAAAUGACUCCUGGUGGUCGGCUACUCUUCAAGUUCUAUUACCCCUGGAAUACCCGGCUAGAGUUCCCCCCGUUUUUGAAAUUCACUCUGCUUGGAUGAACGAUGCAGAGAUGUUCGAAUCAUCAGACUUGCUGCACACAAUCUACCGAGAGAAUCAAGGACAGAUUGUGUUAUACCAGUGGGUCGAGGCACUGAGAACAUUCAUUGAUGCAAAAUUCAACGAUCGAGAACAGCCUAAUGUCGAGCAAGUGAACAAUGAUGUUUCCAUAACGUGUUAUGAUGAUGAAGAAAAAUCAUCAGAAGAAGAGAAACAUGAUGAAUGUGAAGAGCUAUCAGCAACUGUCAGCAGUGAUGGUUUACAAGACUCAACCACGUCAAAUGCUUUGAAGAUAUUUAGGAGUUCAGAGUCAGACUCGUGUCCAGAGAUUCUUCAUGGAGAACCAUUCACAGACAGAAAAAGUACUUUUCAAGCCCACCUUGCUCAUGUAGUAACAUCAGAUCAAGUCAAACAAGUUCUGGAAGAACUAAAGAAAAACCGUAAAGUAAACAAUGCUACUCACAAUGUUAUGGCAUACAGAAUUUUUUGCGAGAACCGCAACUCUUUUCUCCAGGACUGUGACGACGAUGGUGAAGCAGCAGCUGGGUCAAGACUUCUUCAUCUUUUACAAAUACUUAACAUAAAGAAUAUUAUUAUUAUAGUAACGCGCUGGUAUGGAGGAAUCCUUCUGGGCCCUGACAGAUUUAAACAUUACAAUAACUGUGCGAGGGGAUUAUUGAAAGUUGCUGGUCUUGUAGAAAUUAGCCCUGAUUUGAAAGAUUCUAAAAGUAAAAGCAGAUUUAAGAUCAAAAAACAUUAAAUUCAUUAGCUGCUUUGAAGAUUAUUAAAUUUGGUGUGAUAUAUGAGCAACAAUAGAUACCAGUUGAGUUAGGACAAGGAAACCAGUACAAGAAACCAAUAAUGUUGCAUGGUGGCAUCAGUACACCUUUGAGACUUUAAAUUUGUUAGCAUUUUAAUUUUUCUGUACUGCAGGCAGUGCCAAUGAAUAUAUUAAUAACACAAUUUGACUAAUUAAAUAUAGACUACGAUUAGUCCCUCUUUCACCUAGUCCACUGUGCGUGAGGUGAAAGAAAACCACAAGACAAAAUGGCAGCACAAACUCCUGGGAGUGAGAAGCACACGCGUCUCACCCCCGGGAUUUCACACGGUCAUUGUUUUCCUUGCAGCUCAUUUAGUCCAGCUUGAUGGACUAAGCGAAAGAAGGACUACUUGUUGUCUAGUUAAACAAGCAGGUAUGAAUUUUCUUAUUUAGACUGUUUGCAUUUUCAGUGUACUUCUCAGAUGUACUGGCCAUUUUUUCAUCCCAUUUUCUAUGUCAGAAAAAUUGUUACCCUUUGAAAAGUAAUAUUUCUGUCUGGACCUUCAUCUGGUCAGUAACAACUUUUUUUACAUCGUCAUGACUAAGUUAGCUCAGAGGGUCAACAAUUAGAAUCUGCAAUCAGAUUGCUCCGUUGGCAAAGUAAUAUUUUUUUGAAUAAGACCAGGCAAUGUCCCAUACAAUAUUGUAAUUUAUGGCUUACGUUUCUAAAAGAAUUACUUUAUGUUAAAACAGUUUUUCUUCAUUUCUUCCAAUUCAUUUUCCCUCCUUUUUGUUUGUUUUUUUUUCAAAAAUGUCAGACUUAAGUAAAUGUCAAGUGUUGGUGUGCAUUUACCUUGCCUUUUUUUACCAUACUCAUGUGCUCAUUGGCUAAUUUUUGUUGUCAACAAGUAGACAGACACAUGAAUUAAAAAUUUAU